UAGUUAUUUAUGUAAAAACAAGAAUUAUGUGUGCGAUGUAUGUAAAUGUAAUUAGAGGAAUCAGAUCCAGAUUCCAAGAUAGUCCCCAACGUGAACUCAACGAAACUCAACCGAUCGUCUUCCUCGCGUUGACACUCUCACUUUUUCUUCUUUUUUUCUUUCCAAUUUCUUCAUUUCCCAAGUUGAUUACACCAAAUCCGAAUCCAAAAUCUCAUUGAACUUAUCAAUGAGAUUCUGAUUCGAACUUCAAUUCAAACUGAAUUGAUUUCUCCUCUGCUUCUGGGCAAAACCCCCCAAUUUUUGAAGAAGAAAACCGUCAAUUCUCUCAGAAGAUCCAGAAGGAGAAGAUUUUUUGUUCCGGUGAAUAAUGGCUCUUAGGAGGAGGCAACAAAUCGGGAAGGCAGACGGCGGCUUCUCCUACAGUUACGAUCCUCCGCCGCCGCCUUCCGCCGACAGUUCAUCAUCUUCUUCUUCCGCCUCCUCACUCGCCACCAAAGCUAUCAGAGCUUCUUCGGCGUACAGGGAUUCAUCUCUCUCUUCUGUCUACGAACAGUCGGCUCUCUCUUCUCCGCGCGGUUCUGCUCCUUCCGCUGCUAAGGAUCCAUCCAUCUAUGACCAUGCACCAAAGAAGAGCAUAAAUGAAUCUAAGCAAGGAUUUUGGGGGGUGCUAGCUCGCAAAGCUAAAUCAAUUAUUGAUGAGGAUGAUGAUACAACUCAGCAACAUGAGACACCCAGAGAUACCACUUUUCAGGCAUCUGAUAGAAGCAAAAAGGGUCAGUACCAUAGCACAUAUGAUUCUCCAGACAGCCGUCGGAAGACCGAGGGUCCUGGGAUACAGAAGGGACUAGAUGCUAUUGCUUCAUCCCUUAAUUAUAUCGGUGGCACCAUUGGAAAAUCUCUUGAGGAGGGUAUCACAGCUGUUGAGAACCGUACAGCAGGCUUAAUUCAAGAGACUCGUAAGAUUCAGAUAAGGAAAAAGAAUAAUAGCUCUGGAUCACAGAACCAGGCUUCAAAUUUUGACAGCCUGAGACGACAACCUAUGCAACAGAGUCAUGUGCAACCUGAGAAUCACAGUACAGUGGAAACACAGCUGAAGGCAUCUCGCGACGUUGCAAUGGCAAUGGCUGCUAAAGCAAAACUUCUGAUGAGAGAGCUGAAGACAGUCAAAGCUGAUUUUGCUUUUGCAAAGGACCGAUGUGCUCAGCUAGAAGAAGAAAACAGGAUGCUUAGGGAAAGCCGUGAAAAAGGAGACAACCCAGAUGAUGAUGACUUAAUAAGGCUCCAACUCGAGUCUCUUUUGGCUGAGAAAGCUCGACUGGCCCAAGAGAACUCAGUCUACGCACGGGAGAACCGUUUCCUGAGGGAGAUUGUCGAAUACCAUCAACUUACCAUGCAGGAUGUUGUGUAUUUUGAUGAAGGCAGUGAAGAGGUCACGGAAGUCUACCCCAUCAAGUUAACCACAGCUGCUAAUACACAAUCCUCUGCAGCCUCUCCAACUCCAACUGUUCCCCAUGGCGCAAUGUCCAAACCACCGCAGAAUGUCUCUCUCAAAACUGCCCCGUCCGUAGAGCUCCAAGAGGCUCCACAAACUACUGGCUUGGUCAACCCGUAUGUCCAGAUGCCAGGAGAAGAUGUUAGAAAGAACUGAAUGGAUUCCAGUGGUGCGGUCUCAUAGUAUCCGUACCAUUUACAAAGGUUUAAGUUGAGUUGAGUUGAUCCCAGUUUCUCAUUUUUGUGAAUUUGGAAUCUGUCAGCUGUCUUCUUUCGAUUUUUUUUAUUACUUUACUUUUUUCUGUAAAUUAUUUUAUUUCUGAUAAUCUUCCACUCUUACUCCUCUCUCAUUUGAAGAUGAAGAAGCCCAAUAGGCUCGUGAUUGUCGUAUGCUGAUGAUAUAACACUUUGUUUUGUUUCUUGUUUUCCUAUAGAGAGAAACUGGUCCAACACUUGUAAGCUUGUCUGCUUCUUUAUGACAAUUGUGAAAUUGGCGAUUGUGAACUGUAAAUUUAUUUCUUCAUCUUUAUGGAGCAACUGUAAUUCUGCCUA